AUGCUUGUCAUUCCGCUCUUACUUGCCGCUACAUUAGCCCUGUAUGGCUCUUUCAGCACCACUCUGUUCGCAACCCUGCGAACAAACAUGAGAGAGCAGCUAUACGGUCCCCUCUUGUCCUCCAUCAAGCUCGCCACUGGUUUGAUCAUUACGCCUCUAUCUACGCUUAUAUCGCCACACUCCCUUCCAUCGUCGCCGAUGCAUGGAAGAACGGAACAUCUAUCUAUAACCACUGAUCUUAUUGUGAGGCCCGUGACUGACUUAGUCGCUCUCUACUCUCCCAUUUCUACUUCCAAGGCUCCCCUCCAAGUGCCGCUUCGUACUGGCGACCUUCAUGUCACCAUAUUCGAUAUCUAUUGUCGCUUCCCCUGGGCAGCAAUUGGCGCCACAAUUCUUGUUGCAUCUCUAUUAGUUGCGGCUGCCCUUUUCAUGAUUGUACAGUUAGAGAAGCUUUCUAUCUUCAAGACGGACCGUGCGCCACAUACUGAAAACAACUCUUUCCCAAUUGUUGUGUCUUAUGAUUUCACCAAUUUGUCCGUCUCAUCCAUGCCUAGCAGCUUUGGCUCCGAAUUAUUCGGAUUCCGCGGUCAUCGCCUUGAACUUGAGGCCCCAGUUACUGCUGGCGAUCCACCCCAUGACCUCCCGCUUUGCACUGCUACUGAAUUGGAUGAGCCCGUGAAUGGAGUAACCAAUCAUGUCCUCCCUGAGAGUCAAGUCAUAUCCACAUCCCCCACCAAUCUUGAAGGUAUUCAUUCCGUCUCUGAGCAUGUGGACAAAUGCACCCAGACGGCUUGUGAUGAUGACGAAUCAGACCGUUUCCUUUAUCCCGGCAGUAUGGAGGACAUCUCUAACAAACUUCUUCGGGCCAUUAACAGGAACUUACCGCCUGGGCGUCGCAAUGCAGACAUUCUUACUCUCCUUAGUGAAAGCUUGUGUGCUAUAUCAACUGGGCAUACUGCUGCACCGAUAGCCACUAACACGGACAACUUUCGAAAGAAAGUACUUCGAAGAAUUUUCAUUCCCAUCGGGGACAGAUUAAUGCUGCCCUCUAUGACAGCUGGGAAGACUACUGCACCGAUAGCCACUGAAGUGGUUAAUACCAACUUCCACCCGAGUCACUUACACGAGACAACUCCUGUCACUAGUGACAUCUCAUCCUCUGUGAUGAUUGGCGAAACUACUGCACCGAUCAUAGCCGAAGUGGUCAACACCAACAUCCACCGGAGUCGAGUCAUAGAAGAGGCAACUCUUAUUCUUGGUAGCGCAUGUUCUCUGACGGCUGGAGACACCACUGCACCACUGGUCACUGAAAACCUGAAUCCCGUCAUCCUCCCGAGUCAAGUGCUUCGCGAGACAGCUCCCAUCGAUAAUGAUAGCUUGUCCUCUGCGACGGCUGGGUGCACUACCGCACCGAUUAUCACCAAAGCGGUCGGUACCCACACCCACUCGAAUCAAGUCCUUGGAGAGUCAGGCCCUCUUGGUGGCAACUACUUAUCCUCUGCGAUUGGUAGGGACACCACCGCUCGGAAUUUCGGUCUCGGAGAUAUACCCGGAUUGACUCCCAUUAUACCCGAAUCGACUCAAAUUAUACCCGAAUCGACUCAAAUUAUACCCGAAUCGACUCGAAUUGUACCCGAAUUGACUCAAAUUAUACCCGAAUUGACUCAAACUAUACCCGAAUCGACUCAAAUUAUAUCCUUAGAACUGCCCUCUGAAGGUCUCGCAGCCUCCCGUUGGGCACCUGGGAACUGUGUCCGCAAUGGCGUAUCGGAAUCAACUCCGUUGAAGGUGCGCGCUGGUGCAAGGAAAUACCGUGGCUCUGGAGGAAGUUAUCAACGGCGGCGACAAGCUGUUCGACCAAAGGCUCAGGCUGGUCCAAGUGCACCUGCCUCAGCAGCUUUAGCGCAACCUUCUGGUUCUCCUGAUCCGAUGCAUCCACACAAGAGGCCUCGCGGUCCAGGUGGCGAUCGCACACCGACGUCAGAUCCUCACACAGACGCUCACGUUGGUCCAGGAGCAUCGACAUCAGCGUCUCCACCAGCGGCGCCACCCACCUUUCAGAAACCAAGCAAUUCCGGUGGCGAUUGCAAUUGGGCGGAAAUUGCUCACUUAGAAGGUCACACCGACCAAGAGGUAUUAGCCUCUUCAUCCUCGAAAUCGUGUCUUCCAAAUAGUAUUCAUGGUUUUAUGCCGGCCGUCGAUCGGGAAGUCGGUCGCUUUGCAUCAAGAUGGGUUGCUCAUGAUCACUCUCCCUCAGAGGGAGAAGGUCGGGACGGGAGCCGGCAUUAUCGCGGAAAUGGAAGUGGACGUGGACCUAGACGUGGACGUAGGGACAAGUAUGGGAAAUACAAUGGAGCACGUGGAAGGGAGGAUGGAAACGGCGGAGGUCAGGGCGAGGGUUGGGGCACAAACGGUGGCGGGGCCAUCGCGGUCAAUAACGACUUCGUACAUCCCUCACGCCAAGACGUCACAUCUGUCGUAUCAGCAUCGGGGCAUAUCGACGCACCAUACGUGAUAUAUUCCACACUCGACCCUAAGGGUAGAACUGGCAACGGAUCAAGUUCUGCUGUAACUCCCUCAGACGUCACCCACGGAUCGACCAACUAUGAUACGAAUAACGUACAAGACGAGACUACUCCUCCGAGAGCGGUCGUCUCGCCACCCUCGGAAUUGCAUCUUGAAGGUCCUGGUGACCCAAUGCAAAGCCCUGGCGGAGACGAGAAUGGAAAUAGCGGCUACGAGGGCGGACAUGAGUUGAAUGAUCGCCGAGAUGAGGAGCAUCAGAGUGAACACGAUAUAUGUGAGGGCGGGCAUGAGCAUGGCGAAGGAAGCAGUGAGUGGGUCGUUGGAGGCAUGGUUAGAAGGUGGAGUAUUGACGGAGGUGAUUUAGCACGUUCAGAUCGUCCCUUGGGACGUAGCCCGGACCGGCGAAACACCGCGUAA